CCUUAAUGCUCUGGACAUCCAUUUACCGACAUUAAUUUUGUUUUAUAAUAAAAAGCUCUUUAAAACCUCAAGGAGAAAUCGCAUGGCAAAAUAGAAACGUAAAACACACAGCCAGGUUUUGAUGGAUUAAGUGCGAAGAAGGUUUCAAGAAGCAAAAAAACAUCAUUACGGGUUAUUUCAUGUAUCUGAUCCGGACUGACGAUAAUGACACGAAGUUGACUGCGGUGUGAUCAAAUUGACGUUCGUAGUAAUGUAGAAUUAGCGUCAAAAACAAUAAAGAUGGUGUCGAAACUUGAUGGAUUUGCACUCGUAUUGAUCGUCCUUCUGUACGUAAUAAGCUCACCUUCAACCAGUGCAUUUGAUGUGGAUUCAGUUAGUACAGCAACAGAAAGCAGAGGGAGGUAUACAAGAGCCAUCCGUGGAAAGCCCGGGAGGCCUGGGCCGAGAGGCCCACCAGGUGAAACAGGAGAGGAAGGUACGCCUGGCACACCCGGAAUGCCUGGAUUCCCUGGUCCAAGAGGUCCAACUGGCUUUCAGGGCCUUCCAGGUGAACGUGGAAGCAGAGGAGACACAGGCGAUGCCGGUGAGCCAGGCCCAAUGGGAAAACCUGGCAAGAUAAAUGGUUGUGUGAAUUUUGCAUCUGGUCUCGUCUGCCUGGAUGGGUCAACAGGGAAACAAGGGAUGAAAGGCUCUCAAGGCGAACAAGGUAGCAUUGGGCUUAAAGGUGUGAGAGGCGUCGUGGGUCCAAAGGGAAGAAAAGGACAAAAGGGAAAACGAGGUUCAAGGGGCCUUCCUGGGCUGCCGGGCUCAAUUGGUGGACCACGAUGCACUGCGCGGUACACAGAGUGGGUCCGGGUGGGUGACUUUGUAAGCGGGAAACAAGGCAUGAUGUGUGAAGAUAUUGAAUUUUUAUGGAACGUUAUAACAGAGACAGAAAACAAUAAACUUAGAAUGAGAUAUCACUGUUGUAAAUUUUUGCAAGUUGGAUUAGGGUUGUUAUGAGUAAACUAGUUUGUUUAGCGACUCUACAGUGAAGCAAAUUUUCACAAAUAAUUUGACUCUAAAGAAGAAAGAACUUCCAUAUUUAUAAUAGUUAUAGGAAUCGCUAAGCGUAAAGAGACAUACAACAUUUGCAUAAUCCAAACUAAAUUAACUUUAUAGAAAAAAGGGGUUGCCCAAUGGGUUAUACAGAUAAUGUCUCAGUUGGUCUUUUGUCAGCAUACCUCUAUAGCUCCACUAGGUGGUACAAUUGCGAGCAUACCACUAUUUACCAUUUCCUUGUCACGUCACCGGUAUUAUCGCACUAAAUCUUUAUCAGUCUAGACAGAGCUUUUGUAAUUUAUCUUAAUAUCGUUCUAGCUACAAUGCCUAUUGCUGAAGAGUUAGAACAAGGGGUGCAACUUUUGGUAACAGACCCUUUUUUCUAAGAAGCUGUCUUUUUGAGAAAAAAAACACUUUUCCCUGCGAAAUGAUGCCCCUCCCUACCUGUUCCCCUUUAACUUUUAGACGCUUCUGACAUCCAUGCCUCUUUUGCAUUCUUUUGAUAACUCCAGUCAAACCAAUUUCUUGAAAAUAGAGUAUUGAUCUUAUAAACAGCGAGCGACACAAAGAGUCUUAAUUAAUUCUUUAUUCUAUGACCUAUACCUUAAACAUAUUGAGAAGCAACUAUGAAGGCAGAAACAAAUGCCUUACCGCACUGUAUAUUCUGUAAAUAUGUUUUUUGAUAUCAUAAUGUUCAGUUUAACUUAGAUCAAAAUUGUUAUUCUAUUUUGCUGUUGUGAUUCACAGGUGAUGACGUCAGCGUUAAAUUUGAUCUUUGUUUUGAAGUAAAAGAAAGUAUUUAUUCUCUAUGCAUUGUCGCAAAGUCGAGUAUGAUGUUGUUGAGUUACCUAGUUUGGCUCAGAAAAAACAUCGACAUGACCAAA